CCCGGCUGCACACAGGCGGAGGAACCGGGGCUUGGACACGGUCACAGAAGUGCGAGGACUCGGUCCACCGGUGUCAGCCCGAGCCCCAGCUCCCUCCUGCGGGACAGAAGUUUCUCAAACUCCGCGGAGAGUCGCCCAGCGGAGGAGGGAGAACCAGGGGCCCCAGCGCACCAGAUUAACCCGAGGGACAGUGCACUUCCCCCGGGGGCUGAGCUCUGAGUUCCAUCCGCCGGUUGAGCGGUGGUGGUGGGAUCCCACACCCCGGGCUCCAAGCAUCGCAUCGGGGCGUUUCUAACCCUCUUUCCUCCCCCUCUCUCCUCAAACCAAACUCAAACAUUUAUUUUCACCACCCUAACUUUCUCCCACCUGUCUGGGUGAGCUACCCCGCGGACGAGGAAGCCAUGGUCGGGGAGACAGAGGUGAAGGAGAGACCCAAGUCCAACCCGGACUAUCUCAUGCAGCUGAUGAACGACCGGAAGGUGAUGAGCUCGCUGCCCAACUUCAGCGGCAUCUUCACGCAUCUGGAGCGGCUGCUGGACGAAGAAAUCGGCCGGGUACGCAAGGACAUGUACAACGACACGCUGAACGGAGGCAUGUUCAACGGCCGGGACAUGGAGGAGCUGCCCGAAGCCAUCGGGCCCGUGGCUCAGCUGCAGGAGAAGCUCUACGUGCCGGUGAAGGAGUACCCCGACUUCAACUUCGUCGGGAGGAUCCUGGGCCCAAGAGGACUCACGGCCAAACAACUGGAGGCAGAGACCGGAUGCAAGAUUAUGGUGCGAGGGAAGGGCUCCAUGAGAGACAAGAAGAAGGAGGAGAUGAACCGAGGGAAGCCCAACUGGGAGCACCUGAGCGAGGACCUCCACGUCCUGAUCACAGUGGAGGACACACACAACCGGGCCAAGAUCAAGCUCCAGCGGGCCAUCACCGAGGUCAAGAAACUUCUUGUGCCCGCUGCUGAGGGGGAGGACAACCUGAAGAAGAUGCAGUUGAUGGAGCUCGCCAUUCUCAACGGAACCUACAGAGACGCCAAUGUCAAAAUGCCCACCGCAGCCUUCCAACUAGGGAACCCUCAGGCGCCUCGGAUCAUCACAGGCCCGACGCCCGGCCUGCCUCAAGGCAUGCGCAACCCCACCCCCGUCAACACACAGACCCUCAUGCCCCUGCUCCGUCAGAUCCAGAGCUCCGCCCUCGUGCCGGGAGGCAAUCAGCACCCGGCGCUGGUGCAGCAAGGGCCCGAGUCCGGAAUCAUCUACACGCCCUACGACUACCCCUACACACUCACGCCCUCCAUAUUGGAAUACCCGAUGGACUCAACUGGAGUAUUAGGUAUGGCUUUCCCAACCAAAGGCUAAGCGAUAGCAACCCUUCCUAGCACACACACGGACUGGCUUGCAGAGAGAGACCCCCCCCACACACUCAAAAAAGAAACCAUGCUUGUCCCGCAGAGCAAAGGCUCAGAUUUGCUCGUACUUUUAGAACGACAGGUUCCUCGACAGUCAUUCAGUAGUCAAGUGUCCAUUCCUGUUAAUUUCCUCUUUGUAUUAGCAGACUAGUGUUGUGGUGUGACAGCUACUUAACGUUUUUUAAUAGUCCAGCUUCCGCUUAUAAUUUUAACACAUUUUAGUGAACCCGUAGAUAUUUUAGCGCUGCUGUUUGUGAUUUAAUAUAUGUUAAAGCUUAUUUUGAUCACAGAACUAUAGAGUGACUUUACUUACAGCCGAUGUUGAAUCUACUAGUGAAGCUUAGUCAGAGAUUAGCGGUUUGGAUUAAUAUUUUCUUUUAGGUAAAACAGAAGACCACAAAACAACGAAGAACAAAAAUUCCGUCUCUUAUAAUCGAGACGUCUUUAUUUUUGCUAAUUUUUUCACCUUCAGCCUUGAACACUUUGUAAAUUCCUGGUUUCACUGAUGUUGGUGCCAUGGGUGGACUUGUUUGAUGUCUUUCUGAUGAGUAACCGUCUGUGUUCUGUUUUGGCGAUGUCAAUGGCUGUUAGCAGGUGCCAUGACCACUAAGGUACGACGCCACGACAAGAGAAUCCAUCCUUACCAAAGGGUAGU